UGACGUGAUGACGUCACCCGUCGUACGUAACUGGCUGUGGAGGAAUGUGCGGAAACUUCUGCUGCACUUUUCUUUCUGCGCUGCUCGUCGAAGAAAAAAGUCACAACGCUGGAAAAAGUGAAGGAAACUUGAGUAAAGUUUGGCACUAAAGAGUCGCUUCUCGUCCUUGUGGAGGUGAAAAGCUGAACUCAGCAUGGCUGAUGAGACAGUGUUUUCGGUGGAGAUGUUUCCUGUCGGUGUGCCUCUAACGGAGGAAAGCCAGAGUCUCAGUGACAUGCCUGGGAACUCACUGCCCGCCCCUCAGCUGGUGAUGCUGGCCAACGUGGCAGCGGUGACGGCGGCUGAAGGUGGUGGUGGCGAUGGCAGUGCGGCAGACGAGAAGGAGAUGAUGGAGCUGAAGACGGUGGGAUGCAGCUACUCGGACAGCGACGACGAGAGCAUCAUCAGGUACAGCUACGACAACCAGAACCACAGAGAGUUCUGUAUCAUUGAGUACCCUGAGUCUCCGGGCCCGGGCUUCAACGCUGUGGUUGUAGGAAAUGGCGAGGAGGAGCGAGAGGAGACCGAUGGGGACAAAGCUGAAGAUUUGUCUCGGAGUAGUCAGCCCCACUCCUCUGCCAGCACAAAAACACCUGAGAAGGAUACAAAACACAAAGACACUGCCGCCACUGCUCCCGCCGCCACUGCCACCACCACCACCGAGGCCACCACCAAGAAGAAGAAACCUUUCCACUGUAAACCAUGUCACUUUCAGGCUCAGAAUGAGCAGGAGUUUGUCGAACAUCUCAGCACUCACGGCAUUAGCAAGAUGAUGGUGGUGAAUCGGGUGGAAGGCAGGAGCAGGACCAAGGGCAGGGAGGGGGAAACAGCAGAGUCCCAGGUACCGGCAGGUGGGGAUGUGGAGAACAGCGGGGAGGCCGCAGUGACAGCAGGUGAUAUCAAAGGACUCAUCAGGUGUGAGCGAUGCGGCUACAACACCAACAGAUACGACCAUUACAUCGCCCAUCUGAAACAUCACAGCAAGGAGGGCGACGACCACAGGGUGUUUAAGUGCACUCUGUGUCCAUACACCACCGUCAGUCAGUACCACUGGAGGAAACACCUGAGGAAUCACUUUCCCAGCAAACUGCACACCUGCAGUCAGUGCUCCUACUUCUCUGACCGCAAGAGCAACUACAUCCAACACAUCAGGACACACACAGGUGUUCGUCCUUUCCAGUGUCUGUACUGUGACUACUCCAGUUCACAGAAGACCCACCUGACCCGACACAUGAGGACUCACUCCGGAGAGCGUCCUUUCAAGUGUGAGAGUUGUAAUUACCUGGCAGCCAACCAGCAUGAGGUGACCCGCCAUGCCCGGCAGGUCCACAAUGGCCCCAAACCUCUCUCCUGCCCAUACUGCGAGUACAAGACUGCAGACCGCAGCAACUUCAAGAAGCAUGUUGAACUCCACCUUAACCCUCGUCAGUUCCUCUGCCCUCUCUGCAAGUAUGCCGCCUCCAAGAAAUGUAACCUGCAGUACCACAUCAAGUCCAGGCACUCCGGCUGCAACGUCUCCAUGGACAUCUCCAAGGUCAAACUGCGUGUCAAAAAACCUGGUCCUGAUGGCACAGAGGAAAACUCCAGAGCAAACAAGAGUGACAAUUCAUCCAAUGUCGAGGACUUCGACAUGGACGAGGACAGUGGUGACGCGGACGAGGGUAUGGAAGCAAGUCCAAUCAAUCUGUCAAUCAGAAAGAGCAGCCGGCCCAGCAUCAGCCAGCCAUUGCACAGUGAAGUGCCUGACAAAAUUCAGAAGAAAGCCAAUGUCACUUCAGAGAAGGAAAAAAUACCAAAAGCGAAGGAACCAGAGAAAAAGGUCACAACAAGGCAAAAGAAGGUUGAAAAGGUCAAGGAGAAUCUCCUGGAGAAUGCACCUGUUAAAGAAAUCCAAACAGAGACAGUGACACCUGCUGUAAAUCCAGCCAACAAGGCAAAGAGACGAGUCAAGAAACACCCGGCAGAGAAAACAACUGCCCGCAAUCAAGUGGAAGUAACUGAAUCCGAAGACCAAAUGCAGCAACCCGAUCAACAAAGAUCGGAGGAGGAAAGAGAGGAGAGGCAAAAAGCUGAGAACAAGGAAGCAAAGUUGCAGCUGGAGAAUGGGAAAGAACAUCAAAAGAAUGAUGUCAGUGGAAAAGAGAACAAAAGCCUCAGUAAGCUCAGGAAGUCUGGAUUGAAGAAGUCAGAAAAAAUACCAGAACAUGUUGAGGAAGCUCCGCAGAAACUGGAGAGCUCUGAGAAAAUUCAAAAAGAAAAAGUGGUCAAAGAAAAACCUGCAAAGAGGAAAGCAGCAGAGGCCCUUGAUCUUUCUAGAAAAUCCUCGUCUGAGACUCCAUCCAAAACCAGGCGACCAAAAGCCACUACUGCAGAGAUGCUGCAGUUGAAACCCACUUCAGAAAAUACUCAAAAGAUAAACGACACUACUCAGAUGCCACACAGGUCCAGUGGGACAACCCCCGUGAAGCAGAAGAAGACCAGGAGCACCAGCAAGAAAGCCACAGGCCUUCAGCAAGCCGUGGUUCCGGUUAAAGACAAGAAAGCUUCCAUCAACAGUUCACCCACAGACACUCCAGAAGAAUCCUCUCAGCCAGACAACCCAAAACUAACCAUAAUCCCAGAGUUCCAACCGACUGAAAACAGUUCGGCACAGAAGAAUCCUUCUACGGAUCAAACAACUCCAGUAGUACCAGAAAAGGUUCCGAACAAACCCCCAGAAAAGAUGGAAGUUUCACCCACCUGCAGCUCAGGUGAGGACACUCCAUCUCCAGCUGAAGACUGCCCUCCUCCAACUUUUCUUAAACCCACAUCUCCACCUCCUCUGGUGCUUCCAGGCCAGCGCAGCAAACCCACUGAUCCAGAGGACGAUGAGGGCAUCCACAGCAGCCAUGAAGGGGGAAGUGACAUCAGUGACAGUGCCUCUGAAGGCAGCGACGACUCUGGCCUCAAUGGCAAUGGCGCCGGGUCAGGUAAGAUGGCCAACGACCCUGAAACGCCCACUGAAGAGAUCCCAACACCGACUGAGCUGAAGAGUCACUUGUGCAUCUUCUGUGACCGUACAUUCCCUUUGGAGAUGGAGUAUCGCCGCCACCUGAACCGCCAUCUCGUCAACGUCUACUACAUGGAUAACACAAACAAAGGACAGAAAUAGGGAUCUGUAUCCAUGCAGCACAGUAUGCGUACAUCUCGUUGCAUAAGCUUUGGAUUCUGGCGCUCAGUCUCUAACACGUUAGCUGAUUAUUACCAACUGUCUCUUGAUACUGGUGGUCCAUAUCAAUACACAAGUGCCUGUACUCUAAGGGACGGUUAUAUAAACUCUCUGUAGUCCUCAUAAGAAGGAGGUCUAAGCACCAGCACUAUCAGUGUUUUGUGAAAGAUGCUAAGCUCACUUUUUCCAGCUGAGUUUGAGAGACCAAAUUGAGGUCAAAAUAGCUUUUUGGAACCUUUCAGUUGCUGAUUUUUAUUGUUCUUUUUGCAGCUGUAUGAGUUUGAUCUUUUGAUUGAACAGUGUCAGUUUUGGAAAACUCUUUUAUCUCACCAAUAGAAUUUCCAGGUCACACCAAAUUUGGUACAUGAAGCCUUGAUCCACUGCACCUUUUUUUGUUAAAUGUCUUCCCAUUUUGUCUAAAUCUGACAUCAACUGGAGUUAUUACACAGUUUUAGUAUUAGCGCACCAAUGGAUGAUGUCAGAUGUCACCAGAUCUGAUAUUCUGAUCUAAAAUGCUCUUCUCAAUUGUUGAACUAGUGAAAAUCUGAUGAUGUUGCCAGUUUUCUUGUGUUGCCAUCUAGUGUCCUUCCAGAGAACAGUCCUCAGGUUCUGUUUGGUUCAAGGACUCAAGUAAACCUGCAUGCAGGUCUGGUUUUAUCAGGUCUGCUUUGCUAAGUGGCAGCUCUCUAAUGUCCAGCCUGUGUAUCAGGAAUUGAUCAUGUUCUUACAUAAAACAAAACGUUUUAUUCAUAAAGUUUUUUUAUUCAGAUCAAACAAACCUUCUGUUCUGUUGACUUUAUGACUUUGUGUACUACAUGUAGGUGGACGUUUUUUCUUUCUUGUGUAGACCAUUUUUGUCAGUCAAAAGAAUCAAAGAUUUCAUGACCACAGAUCUUUCAGCAGGAUGUUGACUUCAUUUCGUUUAAUUUCAUGCCACUUCUGAAAAUGUUUAAACUAAGGGUGCUCUUGUCACAGAUAAACAACAUUGUGUUUUUACUUCAUCAUCAUCUGUGGUUAUUGGCGUAAUGAAACGCCACUGAAAUGGUGAGGAAAUAUAAAGAAUCUGUAAAGAACAGAAUUAAUAAAAAAUAAAUAGGACACAGAAUUUAGUAAGGCAGAAUUUGGUUGGUCACUGGUCACUGCUUGUAUCUGCUUACUUUCAUCCCUGACACAAGUUUGGUCAAAUGUACAAAUUCAAAAGUACAUUUACUUCCAAAAUCCACUCAGCCGAAGUACUUCAGUACAUGUACGUACUGUUAACUGAUUGAUCGGAGCACCCUUAGUUCACACUGUCUAACAUGACUGGGUGUAAGGCAGUCAGUCAGGAACCUUUCACUCUGUCACAAACUGCUGGGGUUGUUGUAAUGUACUGUGUGUAGUUCAAAAGGUGGUUUGUCCAAAUACUCAUUUUUAUGACAAGUUGCUUUCCCAUUUUUAAAAACAUUCAGUGCUUUUGACAAUCAGUUUUAUCUUUUAUCUUUGAGAGUAACUGGUGAAGUGAAAGUUGUUCUGAUAGAUUUUGUUUGUUUUUGGAUGGAUAGUUGAAGAAGUGCACGUUUGUCUUACAAGUAGACGAUCGCCUGUUUGGUUUCUGUGCUGUAAUGUGGCUUUAUAGAAACGUUUUCCUGGCAACAUGUACAGUGUGAAUAUUUGUUGACUUUCAACUCUGACACCAUUCAUGCACAGUGGGGACACUGUAUCUGAUCGGUUAAACCUGACUAUUGUAAUCCAUCACAUUUUAUUUCUUCAUUCCAAAUUUAGAACCACAUUUUCUGUGCUGACAGACCAUCAGUCUAAACGUACUGGUGUUUCUGGUUUGUUUCCUUGUAAAUAAUUCUGUGCAAUAUUCCUUUUAGUUGAAAAGCCAAAGUGUAAGUGGAGCUUGUGUGUGUGUGUGUGUGUGUGUGUGUGUGUGUGUGUGUGAAGCACUCAUGUUGAUGUUCCUGAGUCUGAUCUGUUUCUGCUGUCCACCAGCAGGACAUGAAAAGAAAUUAAACACUGGGAAUCAGUGCGUCAUAAGUUUGAACAACAAAAAAAAAAAUUGCCAAAACAUAAUUGUGAGAACAUCAGACGUUUAUAUUUUCAUGGCAGUAACAUCCUUCCAUUGUUUUCUAUGUGCUUAUAUACUAUUGUAUUGUAUGUUAAUGUGUAUCUGUAACCACAAUGCAGUGACAUAAAUUAGGUAAACAUUAAAGCAUAAAAAUGG